AUGUCAAUAUCAGCAUAGAAACUGAAUUAAGCCGAUGCAUGUGGGAGAUGUUUUGAUGACUUGGACGGUUCUUAUUCGUUCCUCCGUCGGCUUAACUGUAGCUAUUAUUACAACAUUACGCCGAUCAGCAAACUAGCUUCCAGUCAGUCUUCCAGUGUGCUGGUAAAUCGCCGGUUAACGCAUUACAACAAUGAAGGAACUUUACUGCUUUGUGGUGACUAUUUUUCUCAUGACUGUUGUGGCUAUCCCACAGUCAGGUACACAUGAGAAAAAAGAAAGAGUGCAUGAUGCCAAACUCAGUGGCCAAGAACACUAUCAGAAUGAGCAGCACAAUACUCAGUAUGAUCAUGAAGCCUUCCUGGGUGAAGAUGCUAAGAGUUUCGAGAGUUUGCCACCUGAAGAAUCUAAAAGGAGACUAAGUGUAAUUGUUGAUAAAAUCGACACAAACGGUGAUAAAAUCGUCUCUCUAGAAGAAUUAAAAGACUGGAUUCGUUUCACACAGAAACGCUACAUCAUGGAAGACGUAGAACGUCAAUGGAAGCAACACAAUCCAGAAAACAAAGACACCAUUCCAUGGGAAAACUACAAGAAGUUAAUCUACGGAUUUCUCGACCAUAUGGACCAAGCUGAGCUCGAAAAAGAAGAGGAAGGCUUCAGCUACAUGUCGAUGUUGAAACGUGACAGGCGUCGUUGGCAAGCAGCUGAUACCGACGGAGAUGAAGCACUUACCAAGGAGGAAUUCGCGGACUUUUUACAUCCAGAAAACAGCGAACGAUUGAAAGAAAUCGUUGUCGUUGAGACGAUGGAGGACAUCGACAAAGACAACGACGGUAGAAUCUCCGUUUUGGAAUAUAUCGGUGAUAUGUACAAGGCUGACGAAGGCGAGGAAGAACCAGAAUGGGUCAAAACAGAACGUGAACAAUUCAAACUGUAUCGCGAUCGCGAUGGUGACGGUUUCAUGGAUCAGGAUGAAGUAAAGACGUGGAUCUUACCGCCGGAUUUCGAUCAUGCCGAAGCUGAGUCAAGGCAUUUGAUUUAUGAAGCAGAUACCGAUGCUGAUCAACAGCUGAGCAAAGAGGAGAUACUCAAUAAAUACGACUUGUUUGUUGGUUCGCAGGCUACCGAUUUCGGGGAGGCAUUGUCACGACAUGAUGAAUUCUAAGAUGUUUUGCACGUUUAUGAAAUGAAUCAACUUUAGAUCAAGCCAAAAUUAAUUUACUGCAUGUUUACUAUUUCGGUUCCUGAUUAAUUAAUGCAGUACUUAGUAUUUAAGCAAAUGUGUUCAAUACCAUAAAUAUUAAUUUCAAUUAUCGCUAGUAGAUGUCAUGGUAGGUAUUAUUUCUGGCUUUUAAUGUGCAUUUAUGAUUUUUAUUACUCGGAUUAAUGCAAUUUGUAUUUUUAUAGCAUUUUUAUGUAAUUAAAACGAAAGAUCUGAACUAAAACAAAUGUACUGAGGAGGAAAUUUGCAAUUCUCAUCUAGAAUAAGGUAAAACAGUUAUAUCAAGAAAAUAUUGUAUGUUCUAUUAGGUUAUGUUGUACCAUUCUUAUUUUCAUUUCUGUAAACAAACAAUGAGUUUAAACGUUUAUCAAUUUGAUUUUGGAUAAAUAACUAUCAAUAUUGUGCGGACAGGUGUAAAAAUAAAACACAAACAUUUGUAUAACAAAAAGACAA